AUGUAUGUGACUGACCGAUUGGUCAACCAAUCAGAUCGAGGAGCUCAGCGCAGUGUGGGCGUAGCCUCCGCGAGUCCCUCUCAGCAAUCUCCGAUCACAGCGAAACACAGAGGAGGAGGAGAGGACGGCACGAAGGAGGAACCAGACACCGACUCCAAACCACUGACACUCACUCUGAUGGAGGAGAUUCUGCUGCUGGAGCUCAGAGAUAGAGAGGUGCUGGUGAAUUCGUAUGAUCCCACGGGCGACGUGCUGCUGGAUGAAGCGCUGAAGCACAUUAAGAGCACUGACCCGCCAGAGGACAUGUCCAGCUGGAUCACGCUGCUGACCGGCGAGACGUGGAACCCCUUAAAACGGCACUUCCAGAUGCGUAACGUGCGCGAGCAUCUGGUCGAGAGUCUGGUGGGGAAGGGUGUUCUGAGCACAGAGAAGCUGUCCUUCCUGCUGUUCGAAAUGACCAUACACCCGCUGACGGACAGCAGUAAGAGGCCGCGUCUGGUGCAGUGUCUGCAGGACAGUCUGCUGGAGCACUGUACCAAUGACUGGCGUAACAUGAGCCGCCGUAUGCUGGCGCUGAUCCUGUUAGCGCACGCCGCAGGUGUUCUGGAGAACGCACUUACCUUGCUGAGUGAUGACCACUACAACACGGCUAGCACACACUUACACAGCCUGCUGGAGACCGACCCCGACCUGGAGAGCACAAAGGACAUGACCCCUGCGGAGGAGGUGAUCUGGGCCAUGCUGGUGGCCUUCAACAGAUCCUGAGACAACUACAGCCGACCCUCCCUACAUAGACA